UUCCUUUCCUACAAAAACGAUAAAAUAAUUAAGAAAUCCCUUUAGAAGAAAAAAAAGAAGAAAGGAAGAUCAAAAUCUUCAUCCUAUAAAAUAUAAACGUCUCCUCUCUGUUUCAUCACCGCAAGAAACUUAAUCACAACUCUCCUUUUCACUCUCUCUUCUCAUUCUCAAUGGCGACCCAAGAUUCCCAAGGGAUCAAACUCUUCGGCAAAACCAUUACAUUCAACGCGAGUAACAUCACAACAACGACCAUUAAAAAAGAAGUGCAGCAACAACAACAACAACAACCAGAGCUACAAACAACAACAAGCUUUAGAUCAUCGUCAUCAUCAUCGGAUCUAACGGUGGAGAAGCGUCCAGACAAGAUAAUAGCAUGUCCGAGAUGCAAGAGCAUGGAGACUAAGUUCUGUUACUUCAAUAAUUAUAACGUUAAACAACCAAGACACUUCUGCAGAGGUUGUCAGCGUUACUGGACGGCCGGUGGAGCUCUCCGGAAUGUUCCCGUCGGCGCUGGUCGCCGGAAAGCCAAACCACCGGGUCGUGUCGGUGGAUUCGCCGAGUUUCUUGGGGCUGCGACUGGAGCCGUUGAUCAGGUUGAGCUUGACGCUUUGCUGGCGGAAGAGUGGCGAGCAGCUGCGUCAUACGAUGGUUUCCGGCAUGAUUUUCCGGUGAAGAGACUCCGUUGCUACACCGAUGGUCAAUCUUGUUAACUUUUCUAUAAUUUAAAAUUUUCUGUUUUUUUAUAUUAUUUGUUUUGGGUUUGGGUUUAACCCGUUAGAAAGAACGUGGUUAAAUUCGCUUUGAUUUGCUUACUGGAUACGUACAGGCUAGCAACAAAAGCUAACUACGUAAUUAAUUAAUCAGGAGGUUUAAUACUUGAUUAUCUACUAAACAGCUGUCGCUUUUUCAUCAAUUUCUCUUGUUGAAUUUCAUUUGUACACUACAUCGAGGCUCGUGGGAUUUUUCUUAUAAAAAGAAAGACGGUGUUGUUGACCAUUAAUUAAAACUCUUUGUUUCAAGAUCA